CGCUAACCGCGUUGUGUCAUCGAUGUUUAACACUGUUUCAAACAAGAAGAUUGCUAUUUUAGGGUUUGCUUUCAAGAAGGAUACUGGUGAUACUAGGGAGACCCCAGCCAUUGAUGUAUGCAAGGGGCUAUUGGGAGAUAAAGCUCGGUUGAGCAUAUUCGAUCCACUCAUUGUGGACCAGAUCCAAAGGACCUUACCAUGAAAAAAUUUGAUGGGAUCAUCCCUUCACUUGCGACCCAUGAGUCCCACAAUGAAGCAAGUCACUUGUGUGUGGGAUGCUUAUGAAGCUACAAAGGAUGCUCAUGGAAUAUGUAUUCUAAUCGAGUGGGAUGAAUUCAAGAAUCUUGACUUCAAGAGGAUAUACGACAACAUGCAAAAGCCUUUUGUCUUUGAUGGCCGAACAUUGUGAACGUGGACCGGUGAGGAGAUUGGUUUCAUAGUGUACUCAAUUGGCAAGCCACUUGAUGCAUGGCUCAAGGACAUGCUGCGAUGGCAUAAAUGAUGCAUGCAGAGGUUAUCGAUGCACGUCAAUGUCGGUUUGAUUCUUUACUACCUAUCUUUUUGACAGGUUUUAUUGUUUCCUUGCGUUCCCUUCCCCAUGGUAGCCAAGCAUUUGAAGGCAGUAAACGGCUCUUCGUUGUGCCACACAUUGUAUUCAAUAAUAUUUACCAUCUACUCUGUUGUUUGUUAGAAAACUUGAUAUUAUUUUUGGAUUUCAUCUAAUUUCAUAUUCAAUUUGUCUCUUUAUUGAAAUAAUUUUACUUC